UUCAGGGCGCGUUUCUUGCAGCCGCCAUUUCGUCCCCGCCCGGGGGUUGGGCGCAGUGGCUUCUCAUUUUUUGAGCCCCGUUGGUGCUGUUUACCAGCUCUAGUCACAGAGAAGUCGUUUAACCUUUCGGACCCUCGCUUUAUGAAUCUGUAAACAUUGGGCCGUCUUUGUUGUGGGGAUUAAAUGAGAUGUGGUGGGGUUUCAUCAUAGGCACCCUUAACGUGAGCCCAAUAAUUCUCAGAUUAAAUAGGGCGGAAGGUCUCCAGCCACCGUUCCACGCGAGCGGGAGGAGGCGGGAGACUGGACUCUGUGCUCUCGGCCGGUUCUCAGCCUCUCAUUGUGUGUUUCUUGGGAGGCUGACUGGGUUCUAGUGUUUGCUUUUUAAGCUAGAUUCCAGUGUUUUAAGAUGCCUCUUUUCCGCAUAACACGACCCACCUGAAGGCAGUCUAACCAUUUCAUCUGGCGCCCAACCGAAGAAACAGAUAUCCCUUCCCAUGCUGGAAGAAAAAUGAGCUUACUUAAGGAGGGGCAGUGUGUCCAUCUCCAACGUGGCACGGGCUCAGGAGCUGCUGGCCCAGGAGGCUCAAAGUUCUUGACGGUGGAGAACAGACCUCCAAAGCGAUGAUACCAUGAAAGGGUCAACGCCGAGCUUGGGCGGCCAGGGGCGGACUCCAGAGCAGCCGGGUCGAUCCCGACCGGGAGCUCGACUUUCAGAAGAGAGACGCCCCAGCAAGCCUCUUUAGGGGAGUUCUCCAGCUCCUCACCUCCAUGGGCCAGACAGCCUCGGCAGGGGGCGGCAGCAGCAGCACCCACACCCCGCAGGCCCUGUACCCUGACCUGUCUUGUCCCGAGGGCUUGGAGGAGCUGCUCUCGGCUCCCCCUCCUGACCUGGGGGCCCAACGGCGCCACAGCUGGAACCCCAAGGACUGCUCAGAGAACAUCGAGGUCAAGGAAGGGGGGUUGUGCUUUGAACGGCGGCCCGUGGCCCAGAGCACUGAUGGGGCCCGGGGUAAGAGGGGCUACUCGAGGGGCUUGCACGCCUGGGAGAUCAGCUGGCCCCGGGAGCAGAGGGGCACCCACGCUGUGGUGGGCGUGGCCACGGCCCUGGCGCCGCUGCAGGCUGACCACUAUGCGGCGCUGCUGGGCAGCAACAGCGAGUCGUGGGGCUGGGACCUUGGGCGCGGGAAGCUGUACCAUCAGAGCAAGGGGCCCGAGGCCCCCCGGUAUCCAGCCAGACCGCAGGGUGAGCAGCUGGAGGUGCCGGAGAGGCUGCUGGUGGUUCUGGAUAUGGAGGAGGGAACUCUGGGCUACGCUAUUGGGGGCACCUACCUGGGGCCGGCCUUCCGCGGACUGAAGGGCAGGACCCUCUAUCCAGCAGUAAGCGCUGUCUGGGGCCAGUGCCAGGUCCGCAUCAGCUACCUGGGCGAAAGGAGAGGUGAGGCCUGGGGCAGGUGUGGGGAGAGUAAGUUCUGUCACGGGGGUCUGUGGUUUUGGGAUGGAAGCUCAACGCCUUACAAGAGCAGAGGGAACUGGCCUUCAUCUGACCCGUCUCCUACCCCUAUUCAGUGCCAGGAAUGGCUAAGAGUCUUCACAGCUGUUACCUAACUCAAUCUUCCUAACAGCCAUAGAGGUAAAAGUAAGGCUUGGGAAAGCAACUUGCUAGUGAGAGGUGAACCCUCAGAAUGGAGUGAAGCCCUGUGGGGAUUAGGGCUUCACAGGAGAGAUCAGCCCGUGGAGCAAGAGGUGCAAAGGGUUAGAUUUGUCCUGGGCUAGGUGUACAAGUCCCAGAGGAAGAGGACUGGCGGUGCCAGGCGCCCAGGGUGUGUACCCGGCUCACUGGGCUCUGACUCUGACACAUACCUACUUCCUUCCUCAGUCGAACCCCAGGAAGGAGCCGUUGAGGUCCAGGCACCUGGAAGAGCAGUGAAGGAGGCAGGGCCUUGGGGCUGAGCGG